GAACGUGCCACGUCAUGGGGCAAGAAAUACCUGUCACUUGUCCUUUUUUAAGGUCGAUCAGUAUUGGAUAGAGAUUCUUCCAUGUGGGACUCUCGUCUCUUUACUUCUACUUGAACUUUCUCUUCUUGCUUGCCUGCUGGCUUUGCUCUCUGUUUGAAUCGUCUUUGAGAGAGAGAGAGAGAGAUGGCUACGGAUGUGGCAGUGUUGAAACACGGAGUGGUGGGGGAGGAGAAGCAUGCGAACGCGAGUGCGUGCUGCAAGACAGGACCGGGGUACGCCACCCCGUUGGAGGCCAUGUCUGGUCCCAGAGAGGCUCUGAUCUAUGUCACAUGCGUUUAUACAGGAACGGGAAUAGAGAAGCCUGAUUACCUGGCCACUGUGGACAUAGAUCCAAGCUCUCCUACUUAUUCAAAAGUUAUCCACAGGCUGCCUGUGCCUCAUGUAGGCGAUGAACUACAUCAUUCAGGGUGGAAUUCAUGCAGCUCUUGCCAUGGAGAUCCAUCAGCAGAUCGACGGUUUCUGAUCCUACCUUCACUAGUAUCUGGGCGGAUAUAUGUGAUUGACACAAAAACCAAUCCAAAGGCUCCAUCAUUGCAUAAAGUUGUUGAACCUGAAGAUAUCAUUCAGAAGACUGGUUUAGCUUAUCCACACACAUCCCAUUGUCUUGCUUCUGGAGAUAUAAUGGUGUCAUGCCUUGGAGAUAAAGAUGGAAAUGCUGCAGGGAAUGGCUUUCUUCUCCUUGAUUCCAAAUUUAAUGUGAAAGGAAGGUGGGAGAAACCAGGGCAUAGUCCACUGUUUGGCUACGAUUUCUGGUACCAACCACGACACAAGACAAUGAUAAGCUCAUCAUGGGGUGCCCCUGCUGCUUUCACCAAAGGUUUCAACCUUCAACAUGUUUCUGAUGGUUUAUAUGGGAGGCAUCUGCAUGUGUACAGCUGGCCAGGGGGCGAACUGAGACAAACAUUGGAUCUUGGCAGUACAGGGCUCUUACCUUUGGAGAUAAGGUUCCUGCAUGAUCCUUCAAAAGACACAGGGUUUGUUGGUUGUGCCUUGACAAGUAACAUGGUGCGAUUUUUCAAGACCCAAGAUGGCUCAUGGAGCCACGAGGUUGCAAUAUCAGUGAAGCCAUUGAAGGUGGAAAACUGGAUUCUUCCAGAAAUGCCUGGGCUUAUAACUGAUUUUCUGAUCUCUCUUGAUGAUCGUUUUCUGUACUUCGCGAACUGGCUUCAUGGGGAUGUGAGGCAGUAUAACAUUGAGGACCCUAAGAAUCCUGUAUUGACAGGCCAAGUAUGGGUUGGGGGACUCAUACGAAAGGGCAGCCCAAUAGUGGCAGUGGGAGAAGACGGUAAAACAUGGCAGUUUGACAUUCCAGAGAUUAAGGGAAAUCAGUUGAGAGGGGGACCUCAAAUGAUACAGUUAAGCUUAGAUGGGAAGCGGCUUUAUGCCACCAACUCGCUCUUUAGUACAUGGGAUCGUCAAUUUUAUCCUGAUCUUGUUGAGAAAGGAUCCCACAUGCUACAGAUUGAUGUUAACACAGAGAAAGGUGGUCUGACAAUAAACCCCAACUUUUUCGUGGAUUUUUCAGGUGAACCUGAUGGUCCAUCCCUAGCCCAUGAGAUGAGAUAUCCUGGUGGUGACUGCACUUCAGAUAUAUGGGUUUGAGCAACUUUGAAAACUUUUUUUUUUUUUUUUUCCCAGCAAUAAAGGCUAAUCUUGCAAGAUGUAAUAGGAAACAGAGUCUUUGCAAGAUGUACUUAUCUGUCCAACUUAUGUUGAUUGUGAUGACAGCAUGGAUGUAAGGGCAACACAGUCUUUGAUGGAUGAAAUAAUAUUUGUACUUCCAA